UUAAACACCGCACGUGUUUUCGAUUUCCAAUCAAAUUGUGUGCCUAUCUGCCACUUGAUUAAGACCAACUGAAAAUUAUCGCGCCAAUUAGAGCUAACAGGUUUAAAAACGUCUUCAUCCGAGCACAGUGCAGGAGACGGCUUCCCCACGUGCUGCACUUCUCCAACAUGCUCGCGCUGCACAUUUUAGUUAUACUAUGUUUGCAUAUGUCGCCGAGUAGUGCGAAUCAUGAUGAUCAACAUGUUCCAAUUGAAACGAAAUUUACCGCAGCUAUUUUAACAAACACGGCAGCGACAUGUCUGCAUUACAAUCUGACCCUGUACAUUGGAGAUGGGUCAAGGGAAGGAACUAGAAAUCUUGUCAGUGUCGUCCUUCAUGGGGUCGGUCUGGUCAGCGAGCCUAUCGAGUUGAACGCAAGGCACACCAGAUUGGAGCGAGGGGCGAUAUAUCAGGUUCCUGUGAACCUCUCUGCUCCUUUGGGAGAGCUCAUCACAAUUGAGCUGCACUCGCAGCCAUUGCUGCGCAUCGAUGACACUUGGCUAUGUGACAAGAUCACCGUCCAGAUGUGUGAGGGUGAAGAGUUGCUUUUUCCCUUCUACCGCUGGGUUAAUCACCAGCAACCCCAAUUUCUACGGCCUGCUACAGCCAUAUUUGAGUCCCAGGAUGUGAACCCCAUUGGGCAGAAGCAAAGGAGGAUGGAGCUGGAACAGUCCCGAAAAAAAUACAGGUGGUCAAUCUAAGAAGAUGGCCUACCCGCG